CAAAAAUCGAAAGCUGAGAAAGUAAAUGGGAAACGACGACUGACUCGUCUUCUUCCUCUUCCUCCUCCUCCUCCUCGUUCCCUUUUUCUCUUCUUAGGUUUCUGAUUUUGAUCGGAGGUAAAACGUUUAAAAGUUUGCGAUUUGAUGAGCUAGGGUUUGUAAUUUCCCGAAUCGGAUGUUUGUCACUGUCUUCUUCUCUUCGAUCUUUUUACUCAUCGGGUGAGACAAAAGAGGCAUCUUUUUCAUGUGUUCCCGCGUAUAUCGACUGUUUUAUUGGGCUUAGAAAGCUCUAGUUUGGUUUGAGAAUCGUAAUAUCGAUUAAAGAAAAGAUGCUCGAGGGAGCAAAGUUCAACGUGCUGGCUGUUGGGAAUCACAACAAUGACUAUGCUUUCACGCAAGAGUUCUAUCAAAAGCUCAAUGAAGGUUCAAACAUGUCCAUGGAGAGUAUGCAGACGAGUAACGCUGGAGGCUCAGUGUCAAUGUCUGUGGAUAACAGCAGCGUUGGUUCUAGUGAUGCUCUUAUUGGCCACCCGGGUUUGAAGCCAUUGCGCCAUGUCUACUCACUCUCGGUCGGGCAAAGCGUGUUUCGCCCCGGGAAAGUCACACACGCGUUGAAUGAUGACGCCUUAGCUCAAGCACUAAUGGAUAGCAGGAAUCCAACAGAAGGGCUGGCCAACUAUGAAGAGUGGACGAUAGAUCUGAGGAAUCUCCACAUGGGUCCUGCUUUUGCUCAAGGGGCUUUCGGUAAAUUAUACAAAGGGACGUACAAUGGGGAGGACGUAGCGAUCAAGAUACUUGAGCGGCCAGAGAACAGUCCGGAAAAGGCACAGUUCAUGGAACAGCAGUUUCAGCAAGAAGUGUCUAUGCUUGCGAAUUUGAAGCAUCCUAACAUCGUAAGGUUCAUUGGUGCGUGUCGCAAGCCAAUGGUGUGGUGUAUAGUGACUGAGUACGCUAAAGGAGGUUCAGUGAGGCAGUUUUUGACAAAGAGACAGAACCGAGCAGUGCCAUUGAAGUUAGCUGUUAAGCAGGCGUUGGAUGUUGCUAGGGGUAUGGCUUAUGUACAUGGACGCAACUUCAUACACAGAGAUCUCAAGUCAGAUAACCUUCUCAUCUCAGCUGAUAAGUCAAUCAAGAUUGCAGAUUUUGGUGUUGCUAGAAUCGAAGUUCAAACCGAAGGAAUGACACCAGAAACCGGAACUUACAGAUGGAUGGCUCCAGAGAUGAUACAGCAUAGAGCCUACAAUCAAAAAGUGGAUGUGUAUAGUUUUGGGAUAGUCUUGUGGGAGUUAAUCACAGGACUGUUACCGUUUCAGAACAUGACAGCUGUUCAGGCAGCGUUUGCGGUUGUGAACCGAGGAGUUCGUCCAACGGUUCCAAACGAUUGUCUACCGGUGCUGAGUGAGAUCAUGACUCGUUGUUGGGACGCUAACCCGGAAGUGCGUCCAUGUUUUGUGGAGGUUGUGAGUCUGCUUGAAGCUGCGGAAACAGAGAUAAUGACGACUUCUAGAAAAGCCCGUUUCAGAUGUUGCAUGAGUCAACCAAUGACGAUCGACUAAAUAAAAAAAUCCCACAAGUGAGAAAAUAUAUAAGAAGAGAAGAAAAGGGCUUUUUUAGAUUUUUAAGUUUGUGUGUGUAUGUGUGUGUGUUUGUGUAUUUGUAAAAGAAACUGAAAUGUAUUUUGUUUUCUCAAGAUAGGAGAAUUAAGUUACCACCCAACCACCA